UCUGCCGCAUGGUGGCCGGGCUCACGUGCCGCUUCGUGUUUACGCAGAGCUGUCGGAUUACUCCAAAUUAUUCGGGUUACAUCAUGCCACGUACGCGCGUGCCGCCGCAUUCGUGAGCCGAUAAUCAGAUAUGAUUAGAGACCUGGGUCUCUAUCGUCGUACUGUCAGGUUGUGUGCGCGCAGACAUUCCGCUUUACGCAAGCGAGUAACCAAUAAGGUAGAGAUACCCGUCGACACGACCGCGCGCGCGGUUUCUAACGGCCGAUACAACGAUUCCACAGCGUCUAGCGGUGGUCCGAGGAGCGACAUGGACGCGUUCAGAUUCACGGAUUACGACUGCGUCGGCUUCGACCUGGAUAACACCCUGCUGCGUUUCAACGUCACGAAUCUGGUGUGCAUGGAGUACGAGAUGCUGGCCGAGUUCCUGGUCGACAAACGGGGAUACAGCGGGGCUCUGCUGAGGCCGCUGUCGGACGACGACCUGGACUUCAUGCAGAAGGGGCUGCUGCUGGACCUCGAGAGGGGCAACGUGCUCCGGGUGAGCCCGGACGGCGUGAUCCGCCGAGCGUGCCACGGCACGCGUCUGUUGAACGUGGAUCAGAUAAGGCAGGCGUAUCCCGGGCAGAGAUGGGACGUCACGGACACCUUCUGCCGCGACUUGAUCUCAACCUGGAACGGUCCUCUGUCCUUGAAAGUGAGGAGCCUGUUGGACUACUUCGACAUCAUGACGAGCGUCGCGUUCGCGCGGGCCGUGGACGCCCUCGACGAAGAGCGCGGAUCGCCCUUGGACAGAUACAACAUCUGGCCCGACCUGCUGGCCGGACUGAUGCACAUGUUCUCCCGAGAGCACUUCCAGUCGGACAGAGGGAUCUUCGGCCACGUGAAGAGAAAUCCGGACAAGUAUUUGCGGAAAUGCUGCUCCACCACGAUCUCGUGGUUGAAGGAGGUGAAGAAAAGAUCCGCGACCUUCCUUCUCACCGGCUCGAAUGCGGACUUUGCGAGUUUCACCGCGAGUUACGCCCUCGGCGAGGACUGGCGGUCGCUCUUCGACGUUGUGGUGUGCUACGCGAAGAAGCCGGGUUUUUUCAUUUUCAAUCGUCCGUUCUUCGACGUUGUGAACAACAACGAGACCGAUAUCGUGACUCAGGGCUUGAGACGGGGUGAAAUGUACAGUCAGGGAAACUGGAAUGAUCUGUCAGAAUUUCUAGCUCGUAUAACGGGAAAGACUAAUCAGCGGUGCUUGUAUAUCGGUGAUAAUCUCAUACAAGACAUCUACGUACCAAAUGCACUGGCACGUUUCGAUACGCUGGCCGUGGUCGAGGAACAAAUGUCAGAGGGCAUGCUUCAUCAUGCCCUGACUCAUCCGGACGAGAAGGUUCUAAAUUCGAAGCUUUGGGGGUCUUACUUUUGCUUGAAAGAUUCGACGGUCAACGUGGACUCCAUAUGGGGCCACAUAAUAAAGAAACACGCGAAGCUGUGUAUACCGAAUAUCAGUUUGGUAACACAGAGAUCGUUAGAGGAACCCAUCCCUUGUUUUGACAAGGAUGGAAAGUUAUAUCGCGGAUAUUAUCCUGCUAUACCGCUUAGUGUAUCAGCCAUGUAAUGUAGGAAUGAAAAUGUCAAUUACGUUACAUCGUUUCUUCGUAAACGAAGAGACAAUUACAAAUUUUACAUUAGAAAAAUUUUAGAUGUUUAGCUUGUGAUAUUUUUAAGUAUAAU